AUGACGCAGAAAGUAGUCGUAGUUGGAGCCGGACCAGUUGGCUCGCUGGCGGCGCUCUAUGCGGCUGUGCGUGGAUAUGAGGUAGAUGUCUACGAACUAAGAGCAGAUCUCCGAGACCCUAAUACUACACCACUAAACUUCUCAAAGUCCAUCAACCUUGCUCUCUCUGAGCGAGGCAUACACUCUCUUCGCGAGACAGGACUACCCGACCUUGCCGAUGCGGUACUGGCGGAAACAUUUCCUAUGCAUGGUCGCAUGAUUCAUAUAAGGAAAAAUGGAGAAUAUGUUCGACAACCGCAGAUCUAUGAUGCGAGAGGAAGAAGCUUGCUGGCUAUGGAUCGAACAGGUCUGAAUAAAACAUUGCUCGACCAUCUGGAGGCCAUGCCGAAUGUAAAGCUCAUGUUCAACCACAAAUUGGUCGGCGCAGACUUUCGAAAGAAGACAGCAUGGUUCGAGCAUCGAACUAAGUCUCCUGAAGAGCAGGGCGACGAGUUUGAGAUCAACUUCGACCUCAUGAUCGGUGCCGAUGGUGCACACUCCGCGGUUCGGUAUCACCUGAUGAAGUUUGUUCCCAUGUCGUUCCAGCAAGAGUACAUUGACAAACUCUGGUGCCAAUUCCACGUUCCUCCCUCGCCUAACGGCGACUUCCGUAUACCUCCAAAUUACCUCCACAUCUGGCCUCAAGAUGAGUCUAUGUUCAUUGCACUUCCAAACCUCGACAAGACAUUCACGUCUACGCUGUUCUUGACUAGAGAAGGAUUCGAGAAGUUGGAUGCAUCUGGAAAAGUCGUCGAGUACUUUGAUGAGAAGUUCCCAGGUGUUGUGCCAGACCUGAUCACGGAAGACGACCUCCGCAAGCAGUACACGUCCAAUCAGCACCUGCCUUUGAUCUCGAUCAAAUGCACUCCAUAUCACUAUGAAGAUUGUGGCGUCAUUGUAGGCGAUGCUGCGCAUGCUAUGGUACCGUUUUAUGGUCAAGGGAUGAAUGCUGGACUGGAAGAUGUUCGCGUUCUGUUUGACUUCAUUGACAAACAUCCAAACGAUCGGUCCAAGGCCUUAAGGGAAUACACUAAAGAGCGAACUCCCGAUGCACACGCCAUCAACGAUCUUGCCAUGGGUAAUUAUCGCGAGAUGGCAAGUGAUGUCAAGAAGCCGUUAUAUCUAUUGCGAAAGUGGGUGGAAGAGCAGCUCUACCUUUAUAUUGACAAUACGGUCAAGAUGUACUUCACCUACGGUCUCGCGGCUUUGGCCGGCCUUGCUCAAUCAUGGCCAACGUCAGUGUCACAGCAUCUAGCGCCUCGCGCUGUGAGCUACGUGGACUCGGAAACAGGCUUCACGUUCUCCGAGACCAAAGCAGCUGCAACACUCAGCUCCAACAUCAUCUACCGCAUAGCGCAACCUGCCAAUGUUCCAGCAGGUCAGCCCUACGACGUAGUGCUCCAAGUUGUUGCGCCCAACUCUCUCGGCUGGGUCGGUCUUGCCUGGGGCGGUAGUAUGAUCCGUAACCCUCUCACGGUCGCAUAUCCCAACGGCCAAAAACCGACUGUAUCUUCACGAUGGGCCACCGGCCACUCCACGCCUCAACAAUAUCCCUCUGCAACUUAUACGCCUUUGGCCACUGGCAACAAGUCAAACAACACACACUGGCAAUACACCAUCAAAUGUACUGGCUGCACUACGUACACCGGCUCAUCCGGUACUGUACGUAUUGAUCCCAGCGGUAGCAAACGUUUUGGUUUUGCCUGCGCGCAGGGAAAAGUGUCGAACCCGUCUUCGACUAGCGCAACGAUUCCGGUACAUGAUGUGUACAACUACAUCACGCAUGACUUUUCCGCGGGUGCAAACCAGAAUUUCCAAGAUUUGUUGAGCAAGAACGGGGUUGCGAGCACGGGAGAGACAGGGAAUAUCACAGAGAAAAUUUAG